CUUGCUCUUCAUUGCCAGGUGAACGUUCCCAAAACCCGCCGGACUUAUUGCAAGAAGUGUGGCAAGCACCAGCCCCACAAAGUAACCCAGUACAAGAGGCAAGGAAUCUGUAACGCUCAGGGAAAGCGUCGAUAUGAUCGCAAACAAAGUGGAUAUGGUGGUCAGACAAAACCUAUCUUUCGCAAGAAGGCUAAAACUACAAAGAAGAUUGUGCUGAGGCUGGAGUGUGUGGAACCCAAUUGCAGGUCCAAGAGGAUGCUGGCCAUUAAGAGGUGCAAGCACUUUGAGUUGGGAGGAGACAAGAAGAGAAAGGGCCAAGUCAUCCAGUUCUAAAUAUACCUCUUUGGUUUUUGUUCUGAAUUACAAUAAAAUCCUAUCUCAAUACCAACA